CCUAUUGGAGUGCGGAGGAGCCACUCGGUGUGUCGGUGAGACCGGCUUUCUGUGCUUCACACCGGGAGGCUGCACUCAAGACACCAUCACAUCUCUCUCUCAGUAAUCAUCAAUUUACCCACCUAAGCUCUGUUGCACCAUGCUGACCCGUCUGUUCCGUAUGCAUGGCCUCCUGGUGGCCUCCCACCCCUGGGAGGUGAUUGUUGGCACAGUCACCCUCACCAUCUGUAUGAUGUCCAUGAACAUGUUCACUGGUAAUGACCAGAUCUGUGGCUGGAACUUUGACUGCCCCAAAACAGAGGAGCAAAUUCUGAGCAGUGAUAUCAUCAUCCUGACUAUCACACGUUGCAUCGCCAUCGUAUAUAUUUACUUCCAGUUCCAGAACCUGAGACAACUGGGGUCCAAAUAUAUUUUAGGUAUUGCAGGCCUCUUCACCAUAUUCUCCAGCUUCGUAUUCAGCACAGUGGUCAUUCACUUUCUUGAUAAAGAGCUCACAGGCCUCAAUGAGGCUUUGCCAUUCUUCCUGCUUCUCAUCGACCUCUCAAAAGCAUGCGCUCUCGCCAAGUUUGCCUUAAGCUCUAGUUCUCAGGAUGAAGUAAGAGACAACAUUGCUCGUGGCAUGGCAGUAUUGGGACCUACCUUCACGCUUGAUGCCUUGGUGGAGUGCUUAGUGAUCGGAGUGGGAACCAUGUCAGGUGUGCGGCAGUUGGAGAUCAUGUGCUGCUUUGGCUGCAUGUCUGUCUUGGCCAACUACUUUGUGUUCAUGACUUUCUUCCCUGCAUGUGUGUCACUGGUGCUGGAGUUGUCCCGGGAGAGUCAGGAGGGCCAUCCUAUCUGGCAGCUGAGCCACUUCUCCAGAGUGAUGGAGGAGGAGGAGGACAACAAACCCAACCCUGUAACCCAGAGAGUCAAAAUGAUCAUGUCUCUGGGCCUGGUGAUGGUUCACGCCCACAGCCGCUGGAUCGCUGAGCCUUUGUCUAUCAACACCACAGUGGGGAUCCCACAGGUGGGCAUGGAGCUUGACCACCUCUCACCCAGGAGGAUUGAGCCAGAGAAACCCCUGUGGCACUUCUACCUCACCAGAAUGAUAACUAUGGACAUAGAGCAGGUGAUCUGUCUGGCCUUGGCCCUGCUGCUGGCUAUCAAAUACAUCUUCUUUGAGCAGGUUGAGAUGGAGUCUACGCUGUCGUUGAAGAACCCCAUCACUAUGUCUGCCCCUGCCCUGACCCCACGAAGGCCCACUGAGACCUGCUGCAGGAAGGAGCCAUGUGCUCCACGACCGUUCCCCCCUGCCCAGAGCGUGGCUGCCCCGGCACCUGCCAACCAGGCAGAGAGAGAUGAGGUUAUCCGGCCCCUGUCUGCCCCGGUGGCUGAUCCUCAGCCAAAGAGCCUCUUUAUCGUAGGGGAGGAAGAGGAGGGGUUCAAGUCUGAGACUGAUCAGCUGAGCAUCCCAACAAAGCCCAGAGAAGUGGAUGAAUGUGUGGCCAUCCUCAACAACCCUGAGCUGGGGGCUCGUUUCCUGAGCGAUGCUGAGGUGCUGCGGUUGGUCAACUCCAAACACAUACCUGCAUACAAACUGGAGGCCAUGAUGGAGAGACCAGAGAGAGGUGUGGCCAUACGAAGACAGAUGAUAUCUGCCAAACUUCCCUCUCCUUCUGCACUCUCCUCCCUGCCAUACACUGACUACGAUUACUCCAAGGUUAUGGGCGCCUGCUGUGAGAAUGUGAUUGGUUACAUGCCUGUACCAGUAGGUGUUGCCGGACCACUGCACCUGGAUGGGAAGCAGUUCCAGGUUCCCAUGGCAACAACUGAGGGCUGCUUGGUUGCCAGCACCAACCGUGGCUGUAGAGCAAUUGCUCUGGGAGGCGGAGCCAGCUGUCGUAUCCUGGGUGACAGCAUGACUCGUGGACCUGUGGUGAGGCUGCCUUCUGCCUGUCAGGCUGCUGAGGUCAAGGCCUGGCUGGAGAGCACCGAUGGAUUUCAGGCCAUCAAGGAGGCCUUCGACAACACCAGCAGGUUUGCUCGGCUAGAGAAGCUGCUGGUUGGUCUUGCUGGGAGAAAUCUCUACAUCCGCUUCCAUUCCAAGACUGGAGAUGCCAUGGGGAUGAACAUGAUCUCUAAGGGUACAGAGCAGGCCCUGAACAGACUGCAGCAGAACUUCCCAGAACUUCAGGUGGUGGCUGUCAGUGGGAACUACUGUACCGACAAGAAACCAGCUGCCAUCAACUGGAUCGAAGGCAGGGGCAAGUCUGCUGUCUGUGAAGCUACCAUCCCAGCUAAAGUGGUCAGAGAGGUGUUGAAAACAACAACAGAAGCCUUGGUGGAGGUGAACAUCAGUAAGAACCUGGUGGGCUCUGCCAUGGCAGGCAGCAUCGGUGGAUUUAACGCACAUGCAGCCAACCUGGUGGCUGCCAUCUACAUAGCCUGUGGACAGGAUCCUGCCCAGUCAGUAGGCAGCAGUAACUGCAUAACCCUGAUGGAGGCAUCAGGACCAACAGGAGAGGACCUGUACAUCAGCUGCACCAUGCCUUCCAUAGAGCUGGGCACUGUAGGAGGAGGCACCAACCUGCCCCCCCAGCAAGCCUGCCUCCAGAUGCUGGGUGUACAGGGAGCCAGUCAGGACUGUCCAGGGGAGAACGCACGGCAGCUGGCCAGGGUUGUGUGUGCCACCGUGCUGGCUGGAGAGCUCUCACUGAUGGCUGCUUUGGCUGCCGGCCACCUGGUAAAGAGCCACAUGACGCACAACAGAUCCAAGGUGAACCUACAUGAGACUCCAGGAACAUGCACCAAGAAAGCCUCCUGAGAGCCUGAGAGCAGCCCUGCCUCCUUCAGUGAGCCCAGGUGACUGGACGGAGGGGUGAACCCAGGAAAUAUGGACAUUAUGAAAGGGACUAAUCAUUUGUUGAGAAAGCAGACCUCACACGUCUUCCAAGUGCUUUCUAAGAGACACUGGAGUGUCUUUUGACCAAUCUCUAUGCUGGAUAGGAAGAGCUAAUCAGUGGGAGUAUAUUCAUUUUCUGUAUCUGUCUGUGUUUUAUGGGGCUGGCUAGGAGCACUUAACUUCAUUUAUUUCCACAUUUGGGAAUGCUGUCAGAGUUUUGGGAAACAGACAUUUUGAAUUUAAAUGAAAAUUUCUGCUGUCCUGUUGCCAAAUGGAGCAUUGUUAAUACAGAUACAGUAAAUGUUGAAUGUGUGACUGCGCACGGCAACUUAAGUACAAUGCUGCUUGCGACUGAUUCUGCAUCAUUUGAUGUCUUCAUUGGGGUGCUUUGUGAAGCUAACAGGGACACAGUGUCAAUCAGCCCACACAGUUCAGCAGUACUGCAAAGCAGACUCCAGUCCUGGCUCAACCACAACAAGACAGAAAGAUUAACCAUGACUGACAUCAGGAGUGAAUCAAUGAAUGUAUGAAUGAUUGAAUAUGUGGAUCCAAGAGGCACUUGAAGAUUUCAAGGCUCACCUAAAGGCUGAGCUCGGGUUGAGGAUAAAUAAACAAGGCUUCAGGUGCCUGUACUGCUGAUGUAACCAUGAAACAAAUUAUUAGCGCAUUCCCAUUGGGUUUAUACCAUAUUAUUACCAUACAGAAACAAAUCUAAUGGCCUAACUCACCUCUGCUCUGCAUGUCCAGUACCAAAGAAAAUAACUUUUUAUCAACAGUUUUUACUACAGAUAUGUGUGUGUUCUCGAAUCCACACAGUUCAGACCAGGUUAUGGUGUCACUGUGCAGUGAUAGAGUGACUUUUCCAAUCAGUCUGCAAUUUAAAGUGCAUGCUAAUGCACUUUAAAUUGCAAAUUCAAAGCAUAUUGAUGCUUCAAAAUGCAAUGUAAGGUACUGCAGAUGUGGGUAAAAUGAAUUCAAUUACAGUGAGUCUUCCUGUUGCACCAGGGGAUGGCAAAUAUUUUGGAUAUAUUUUGUAAUAAAUACAAACAGAUUUUACAAUGA